AUGAUUGGUAUACCCACCGGCCUGCUGGUCCUCAGCCUCGCAUUGCAGCGCUGCCGCAUCAUCCAGUGCCGCUGGCGCCGGUCAGCCGACUACAGGGCACACAGGAACGAGAGGUGGUGGCGCAGGUUCUGGGCUUACAUGAACUACGCUGUGAGCCUCAAGUGGAAGAGGCCGUCGCGAAGGGUGCGCAUUGCAGAACAGCAGCAACAGAGCGUUGCACUUGCGGAUAUGGAUGUGAGUUCUUCUGACGAGGGAGAUUCUGGUGACUAUGCAGGACCAGCUGGGUUGUCGACUAUCAGGGAAUUGGACGAGACGGCCGGGACGGAGCAUCAGGCGGGACCUGCGCAGGUGCAAAAGGAGCCGCAGGUACAAACAGAGUCUUCGAUACAAGAAGAACUUCAGGCACAAACUGAGAUCCAGGAGCAAUCAGAGCCGCAACCUCAGCAACCAGAGUCUUCGCAGCCAAGAAACAUUUCUUCGGAGCCCAACUCCCGCCGAGGCUCGACGUCGUUUCGAUCCUUGUUUAUUCGCCCACGGUCCCAUUCUGCCAGAAUAUAA